AUGGACUGCGCCCAAACCCCCUCUCCACCUCACAAAGCUCCUGCGAAACGGGUGUCCCUGGCGGGAGGCUUGACCCGGGCGGCUCUGGCGGCACGACGAAACCUGGUAGGAGCUAGUUCUCCUGCUACUGCGCUGGAGUCCGGCAUCAGUAUUGUCUCGGCCUUGUCUGAAAAUGACCAGAGAAAUACAGGAGAAGAGAGAGCACAGCAUCUCGAGACUAUAAGCUCGAACCUCAUCAGUCCCAAUAUCGAUGCCCUCGUCCAUCUCUACUACAGACACUUCCACAAAUUCCAUCCCCUGGCUGUCCCCCUUCGGCACCUCGAAAGAUUGUUGACGCUGGGCACCACCAAGCUGAACUUUCACCCUUUGCUCGCCGUGAUGCGCUUCAUCGGCUCACUGUAUGCCCACUCAGUCAACUCUGACGAGCUGAAAGCAAUUGCGACUGACGCUAUCCUCGAACUGUCGUCGCAAACCCCACCGAGCCCUGUCCUGGCACAAUGUUAUCUCUUGCAGUCGAUUUCCCUUCACUGGUGUGACGAGCUGGACCGAGCACAGGAAAUGAUGGACGCUGCGAUUCGUAUCGCCCUUCAACUUUCCAUGAAUCAGGCCGACUUCGCUGUGGACCAUGGCGAGGGUGACCCGGUCGUCGAAGAGAGCUGGAGGAGGACGUGGUGGCAGAUCUACAUCAUUGACGCCCACUACGCAGCCAUAAGGCAUGCUCCGACUUUUACAACCAACGAGGUGGAAAUGACGACGGAACUACCCUGUGAUGAGGAGGGAUACGAAUCGGGGAUGAUUCCGACCCCUUGGACGCUUGCUGAUUUCGAUACCCGCGAGUUUGCAUCUGAUGAUCUCGUUUUCCCAUCAUUUGCCUAUCUUAUCGGCGCCGUCCGUGGGAUCGCAUCCUCAAUAAGCAGAUUCCUGGCAACUGUGGCUAGAUCGGGGCAUUCGUUGAGCGUCUUUGAGGUCGUAGACGUUGCCAUUGACGGGUGGUUGCUCUCGCUCCCGGAAACGAAGCAAGUCACUGCAUCUGCUGGAGGCGAAAUUGACGAACAUAUGUUCCAAGCACAUAUGGCGAUUCACGCGUGA